ACAAGGCAACAGCAACACAGUGAGGAUCCUCUCCACCACACAGCAGCAUGCCACUACUUUAGGACUUGUUGCUUCUUUUUUCUACUCAUUACUUUGUGGUCUUGUACAGACCCACGUCAGUGGUUUUACCAUGGAGUUGGGGAAAGUUCAUCUGAAUUUAAAGACAGUACUGCUGACGAUGAUGAUGUUCAAAUGGGGAAUCCUCUGCACAGCCACUUCAGACAAAUGUUUGUCUGCACCCUGCCAGAAUGAAGCUACCUGUGUGGACACCAUGGAUGAUUAUGCAUGUAUCUGUGCCAGGGAGGGGAUUCGAUACAUGGGAAAAAACUGUGACAAACUCUAUGAUGCCUGCUCCUUUGCUCCAUGUGAUGACUGCACCAGCACCCCUGGCAGCACAGAGUACCACUGCAUCUGCCCAGAUGGACUAACAGGUGAUAACUGCACAGAGGAGGUAGACGAGUGUCUGAGCAACCCAUGCUCCGAACCUCGCUCUUUGUGUGUUGACCAGCAAAACGGAUACUUCUGCAGAUGUCCUGCUGGGUAUGGAGGUUGGGACUGCAGGACACAUGUGACUGACUGCAUUGAUGAACCCUGCAGGAACAAUGGGACUUGUGUUUUACGACCAGAGGGCUUUGAAUGCAGCUGUGCACCAGGGUUCGAGGGGAAGACCUGUGAGGAAGACGUGAAUGAGUGCUUAUCGAAACCCUGUCAGAAUGGAGCUAUCUGUAUAGAUGGAGUUGCAGAGUUCCACUGCUUCUGUGUGCCUGGUUUUCAGGGUUAUAACUGUGAAAUCGACAUUAAUGAGUGUGCGUCACGACCCUGUGAGAACAACGCCACUUGCAUCAAUGAGAAGGACCACUAUGAGUGUGAGUGCCUGGUGGGCUUUGCAGGAGUCAACUGUGAAAUUGAAAUAGAUGAGUGUGAGUCCAGCCCCUGUCACAACGGAGCCACCUGCCAAGACCUGAUUGGCAUGUACUCCUGUGUGUGUCUGCCUGGGUUUCACGGCAUCAACUGUGAGGUUGAUGUUGAUGAGUGUGCCAGUGAGCCCUGUCAGAAUGGAGGUGUCUGCCAUGACAUGGUGAACAGCUAUGAAUGCGACUGCAGUGAAACAGGAUUCCAGGGUGACUACUGUGAAAUCGACAUCCCUGAGUGUGCUUCUGAUCCCUGUCAGCAUGGUGCCUCAUGCUUAGAGGGAGUCAAAGGAUACAGUUGUCUCUGCUGGCCAGGUUAUGAAGGACCAAACUGUGAAAUUGAUAAAGAUGAGUGUGCCGAGCAGCCCUGUGAGAAUGGUGGGGAGUGUUUUGAGCGUUCAGAUCCGUCUCACUGGGAGCUGGACUGGGAGCUCAGCUUUGCAGAUGCAGCCGGAUAUAUCUGCCAGUGUCAGCCAGGGUUUGCAGGAGAGAACUGCUCUGUCAAUAUUAAUGAAUGUGAGUCUGAACCAUGCCAGAAUGGAGGCACUUGUGAGGAUAAGAUCAACGGCUACACCUGUACAUGCUCAGUUGGAUUUCUAGGUGAGCUAUGUGAAGUGAACAUCAAUGAAUGUGAGAGUCAGCCCUGUCAGAAUGGUGGCUGGUGUGAAGACGGCAGGGCAUCCUACACCUGCCACUGUCCUGAGGUGGAGCCAGGUGAACUUCCUUGGGGAGGUGAUCGCUGUGAUGUGAAGCUCUACGGCUGUGUGGAUCAUGAAUGCCAGAAUGGAGCCACCUGCCACCCGUGGCUGGAGGAUGGAGAACACAGUCACACAUGCUUGUGCCCUCAUGGCUUCUAUGACGAGCAGUGCUCCACGAGAACAACAUUCUCCUUCUCCACUCCUGGAUUCAUUCACAUCCAAGUUCUUCUGGAAGAAAGGACCCGGAGGGAAGUUGAGCACCCUGUGCACCACGGUUUUGGGGUACAGCUACGCUUCCGCACAACUUUACCCAAUAUGUUGCUCUUCUACAGAGGGGAUGUGGACAAUAACCUCAUCUUGGAGAUUGUGAACGGUGGUCUUCAUGCAAAAGCCUUUUCUGAGGAGUCUGAACUGGAUGUAACAUUUCCGGGUUUGGUUAGUGAUGGAGACUGGCGGGAUGCACAUGUGUUUGUAAAUAAUGAAGGCCUGGUUUUGAUUCUGAAAGGCCCUGGCUGUGACAGGGAUGGAUGCAGAGUUACAGAUGGUGGUGCUGAUGAACCACCUUUCCAGCCCACUGAAGCCUUCACUCAGGUUUAUGUAGGUGGAGCACCAGAAGAACUUUUAGAGUACUCUUUAAGUGGUGCAGGCUUCAUUGGAUGUAUGGAAGACCUGAUGAUCGACUCUAAGCUGAUCCUACCACAAACACUUCCAGAGGAUCAAGGCCAUGGGCUGGGAUGCAGUAAGACUGAAUGGUGUAAUCCUGGCCCCUGCCAUGGACACGGACGCUGUGUGGACCUGUGGACCAGCUAUCAGUGUGACUGCUACCGUCCCUUUCACAGUGAGAGCUGCUCUGAAGCUGAGAACGCCAGGCCCUCCUUAGGAAACACCCAGGUGGUAGUGUUUGAGAGUGCUUUGGAGGCCUGGCAUUUUUUCAGUUCAGACACUUUACGUCUGGUUGCUAUGAUCCACAGAGUAUUUGCAUUAGAUGAGGAGAAGGCUGAAGAGAGGGAGAGAGAACGGACCAUGUGGAUGAAGCCUUGUCAAAAUGGAGGGGAAUGCACCAUCACAUUCAACGAUUUUACAUGUUCCUGUCCAGAGGAAUACACCGGAAAGACCUGUGAAACACGUGUGUGGUGUGUUAGUGAUCCUUGUGUCAAUGGCGGCCAUUGUGUGGACCUUCAUAACGGAUAUGAAUGUGUCUACAAUGCCACGUUUGAGAACAACCCUGUGCACUACAGUGCUGGAGGCUCCCUGGCUGAACCUGUUUCUGACAUAUACAUGGAGAUGCGCACUCAUUCAGAGAACGCUGUGCUCCUGAGGGCCUCUUGGGGCUCUGACCUGCUGAUGGUAGGGCUGUUGGACUCUUCAGUGCGAGUGGAGAUCCACAUUGGCAACAGUGUCGAGACGCUGACUUUUACAGGUGUUCGUCGAGUGGCUGACGGGAACUGGCACCGUGUCAACAUCUCAAUGGCUGAGAAGAAGCGCAAAGCCUCUCCCUGGGUCAUUACUGUGGAUGGGAUCACAGACGCCAGCAGCAUGCUGGAGCGUACAGGAAGCCUUCGCUUUCUCAAUGAAAAAGGAGCCAUGUUGGCUAUCGCAGAGAGCUUUACUGGCUGCUUGGGUGCAGUGAGGGUUGGCAGAGUCUACCUCCCUUUUGUGGAUGACUAUAAAGCCCCGCAGCCAUCUCAGUUCCACUUAGUUGGAAAACCAAAGAUUCAUCUGGGUUGUAGCAGCGCCCCUGUUUGUGAAUCAGAUCCUUGUCUAAAUGGAGCCACUUGUGAAGACAUCUUUAAUAAAUUCCUCUGUAUCUGUGACCUAGGUUGGGAUGGGGAACUGUGUGAGAUAGACACUGAUGACUGUUCAUCUCAGCCCUGUGUUCAUGGAAGCUGUAAGGACUACUUAGCUGGUUUUGAGUGUCAUUGCCACCUUGGAUAUGCUGGCACACUCUGUGAUGAGGAUCUAGAUGAGUGUGAGCAUCAUGCCUGUGAACAUGGAGGCACCUGUCAGGAUGGACCCAACAUGUACACCUGUAUUUGCCCCAAGGGUUACAGUGGCCCUCUCUGUCAGUGGGACUAUCCUCCAAUACAGUGUGGUGAGGAUGUCCAGUGUGAAAAUGAUGGUGUCUGCAAUGAUGGGCUGUGGGGAGCUAACUGUACAUGUGUGCCAGGAUUUACAGGUAGCAGGUGUGAAUCGGAGAUUGAUGAGUGUCAGUCAAACCCCUGUCGAAACGGUGGUUCCUGCUUAGAUCGAUUCAACAUGUUUGUGUGUGAAUGUCCACCUGGCUACAGCGGUCCAAUCUGUGACACUAAUAAACAAGCCCAUAAACAAGGAAUCCCCUGGCUGGUGGUAGCCAUCCCACUCCUCUGCUUCUGCGUGUUGAUACUGAUCAUCGGCUUGACCUUCAUGGUGCUCACGGCGAGGAAGAAGCGCCAGUCAGAGGGUGCAUACAGCCCAAGCACUCAGGAGGUGGCUGGAGCUCGGCUGGAGAUGGACAGCAUGCUCAAAGUCCCACCAGAGGAGAGACUCAUCUGACACAAAGGCUGAGGACAGAUGGGUGUUCGAGGUGAUCUGAGCACCACAGGCAGGUACACACUGUAAGACUCAAAGACCCUUUGAACACCUGGGCUGAACUCAAUGGCAUAUGUUGUAGGAAGCCCCCUCCUGGUGGUGACCAGGUACUGACCCAGUGCUACUGCUCUGUACGUUACUUCAUUUCAUAAAAUGUGUUCACCGUCUAUGUGCUGCGUUUCUGACAAAGGAUAUCUGAGGAACAAGCCCCAUGUCCCUGUGUUGUAUAACUCUACACACUGUAGUUUGUCUAUGGCAGAGCCUUAACCAAUUUAAAAGUAACUCUAACUAGUACAUAGAGGACAACUAAAGGGCUCUCUUUCCAGAAUCAUGGCAUUAUGACAGCUGACCACCACAAGCACAAAAACUAUGGAAAAUGGCCUCUGCUGUUUGAAUAGUCAAAGGACCAUGGCACAGCUGUGCUGCUGGAGACUGGGUUGCAUUAGUUGGAAAGCAUUACCAUUAGAUGUUAGCAGCAUCCAGCACAGUCCAGCCAAUACACAGGGCUGUUAGGCUGCAGUUGCUGUAUUGACCACUACGUACUGGUUCUAAAACUUUAUUGGAGUGAUCAGAAUAUGUAAUUUUUCCAGUUUUACUAGUAAUGUGGGCCUUGGUGAUGAUUUAAUUUGUGCACAAAAAAAAGUGUAAAAAUGCUGAAAACAAACUUGGUUCACAAAUGAUGAUGCACAUGAGGCAUGUGACUCAGUUAAACACCACACAAGCUUCCACUGAAGAGAUGGAAACAUCCCACCCCACAGCUCUUUGAAUUCAUCUUUAUCAUCUUGUUGUGUCCUCCCCACCAUCUGUUUAUCUCAGUGAACCCCUAAUGUUCACAAAACUGUGGCUGGUUGCAGCUUUCUCCUCCAACAUCAGCUAAACUUAGACUGUUUUCACAGCAUACAAGCCUGCAUAAUUUUCAUAAGAUAGAAAGUAGGAUUAAGAGCAUCACAUAAAGCAUUACCAUGCUUUAGAACAGCUAACCAGGAUGCUACAGAGUGCAUUGGAAUGUAGGAUUGGAGAGCAGCUUCACAACCCUUGAAACUCAAAAAAAAUACACAAAAUGACGUCUGCAGUAUUCUCAGCUGUAAAAUUGGCACUGCUGUCACACUGUAAAGCAGGAUUUAUAUUUCUGCAUCAAAACGACACCGUACCUACACUGUAGCCCGACGUGCAUCUCCCCAGAAAUGUAAAAGCGGAUUUAUACUUGUGCAUCAGCUCUAUGCACAGCCUAUGCUGUUGUGAACAUUUAUACUUGUGCAAUGGUGUGUCACUCUGCAGUUACAACUCCAAAACACUAGAUGGAGGUGGGGUUUUUGUGAAGUGCUGUUAAGUGCUGUUAACCUAAAACACACAGUAAAG